UCACGGCUCGGCUCCUCACACCUUACCCAGACUAUUAAAACUGUCUCCCAACUCCAGUCCGAUAUGCCCGCCUAAGCCAAUUUUCAUAACGACAGAUUUUCUUCUGAACUUGAUCUUGCUUCCCUUUCUACUCAGAACUCUUCAAGAUCCCCAUCCAUAAAGGCUAAAAUCCAAAAGCCUUUGGAAGGCCUCAUAUCUGCCGAAUCUGCAGUCUCAUCUCUUGCUGUUUUCCCACCUGUCCUUAAUACACCUACGCCACACUACUUGGACUCACUCUCUCUUGUACUAAUCUCGCUCACAGCCACAGGGCCUCCGCCUACCUUCCCUCAGUCAGGAAUUCUCUUUCCCCAUUGACUAUGUAGCCCACUCUCUCUCUCUAGUCACUCUCUUAUUCUCGAGGGAAGCCAUUAAGAGAAACCUAACACCUCUGUGUAGCCUCUCCUGACUCCCCAGGCCAUAGCAAGCGCCGCUUUCCCUGUGUCCUAACCACCCUUUCAAAAUUACCACCUAUAAAUGAUUACACCUGGCUAUAAUUAUCUGCCCAUCUGUUUCUUCCCUAAGACUGAACUCUUGGACGACAGAAAUGGAUUUUUCACUCUCCACUCCGAUCUAUCACAGCACUUGCUAGUUUUCCUUGCAUUCUCUGACAAUAGCAGAAGCUUAAAGAAGGUCUACGCUGAGGAGAAACAGAAUCCCGCGACGAAUUGUUACCAACGUAAAGGAAAAUCUCGCGAGAAUCGGGAGGCGGGCAAACUCUCGCGGCUGACCGUUAUUUAGCCGUUAAACAGUCGUGCACCCUCCCCUUCCUGGCUGGCCGCUGAGGGGAGCGAUUCCCGCCUUUUCUGAGGUUCGGAGGCAGAAGCUCUAAUUGAUUCUUUUUGCUGUCCUAAUAGACAGCAGGUAGCAGUUCGCGUGGGCACCGAGUCCGUGGUUUCCCUCUGAAUCUUGAAAGAUAAUUACAACUGGAAGAGAGAAAAUGGAAAAGCAAAAGCCUUUUAAAUUGUUUGUACCACCAAGAUUAAGUAGCAGUCAAGUAUCUGCAGUGAAACCUCAGAGUUUGGGAGGAGAUUCUAAUUUCUUCAAGAGUUUCAACAAAUAUAUUGAAGAUGAUUUUAAUUUUCCAUUUGCAAUGACUAAUCUCUCCAAAAAUGGGGAAAACAUUGAUUCAGAUCCUGCCUUACAAAAAGUUAAAUUUUUGCCCAUGCUUGAACAGGUUGAUAAUUCUGACAGUUGUCACUACCAGGAAGGACUAAAAGACUCUGAUUUUGAGAAUUCAGAGCCAAUGAGCAGACUAUAUUCAAAACUGUAUAAGGAGGCUGAAAAGAUCAAGAAGUGGAAAGUGAGUGUAGAAUCUGAAUUGAAGCAGAAAGAAAAUAAGUUGCAAGAAAAUAGAAAGAUAAUUGAAGCACAGCGGAAAGCCAUUCAGGAACUACAGUUUGAAAAUGAAAAAGUAAGUUUGAAAUUAGAAGAAGGAAUUCAAGAAAAUAAAGAUUUAAUAAAAGAGAAUAAUGCUACAAGGCAUUUAUGUAAUUUACUCAAGGAAACCUGUGCCAGAUCUGCAGAAAAGACAAAGAAAUAUGAAUAUGAACGAGAAGAAACUAGGCAAGUAUAUGUGGAUCUAAAUAAUAACAUUGAGAAAAUGAUAAUAGCUUUUGAGGAACUUCGUGUGCAAGCUGAGAAUUCCAGAUUGGAAAUGCAUUUUAAAUUAAAAGAGGAUUAUGAAAAAAUUCAACACCUUGAAGAGGAAUACAAGAAGGAAGUAAAUGACAAGGAAAAGCAGGUAUCACUGCUAUUGCUCCAAAAUACUGUGAAAGAAAAUAAAAUGAAAGAUUUAAUAUUUCUGCUAGAGGAAUCCAGAGAUAAAGUUAAUCAAUUAGAGGAAAAGACAAAAUUACAGAAUGAAAACUUAAAAGAAUCACAUGAGAAGCAGGAUCGUUUGACAUCAGAACUAGAAGAUAUUAAAAUGUCUUUGCAAAGAAGUGUGAGUACUCAAAAGACUUUAGAGGAAGAUUUACAGGUAGCAACAAAAAAAAUCUGUCAGCUCACUGCAGAAAAAGAAGCUCAAAUGGAAGAAUUUAAUAAAGCUAAAACUGCUCAUUCUUUUGUGGUUACUGAACUUAAAACUUCUAUCUGCAACUUGAAAGAAUUAUUGACAACAGAACAGCAAAGAUUGGAAAAAAGUGAUGAUCAAUUGAAAAUACUCACCAUGGAGCUUCAGAAGAAAUCAAGUGAACUGGAAGAGAUGACUAAGCUUAAAAAUAACAAAGAAGUAGAACUUGAAGAAUUGAAAAAAAUCUUGGCAGAAAACCAAAAGCUUUUAGAUGAAAAGAAACAAUUUGAGAAGAUUGCUGAAGAAUUAAAAGAAACAGAACAAGAAUUAACUGGUCUUCUCCAAACCAGAGAGGGAAAAAUACAUGACUUGGAAAUACAGUUAACUGCCAUUGUGACAAGUGAACAGCAUUAUUCCAAACAGGUUAAAGAGCUGAAAACUGAGCUUGAAAAUGAGAAGCUUAAGACUACUGAACUAAAUGCAAGCUGCAACAGGCUUUCACUGGAGAACAAAGAACUAGCACAAGAAACAAGUGAUAUGGCCCUAGAAAUCAAGAAACAGCAAGAAGAUAUUGAUAAUAGCAAAAAGCAAGAAGAAAGGAUGUUACAAAUAGAAAAACUGGAAGAAAUGGAAACACAGUUAAGGAAUGAACUGGAAUCUGUGAGAGAAGAACUAAAACAGAAAGGAGAUGAAGUUAAAUGUAAAUUGGACAAGAGUGAAGAAAAUUGUAACAAUUUAAGGAAACAAGUUGAAAAUAAAAGCAAGUGUAUUGAAGAACUCCAGCAGGAGAAUAAGGCCUUAAAAAAAAAGGGCACAGCGGAAAGCAAGCAACUGAAUGUUUAUGAGAUAAAGGUCAGUAAAUUAGAAUUAGAACUAGAAGGUACCAAGCAGAAAUUUAAAGAAAUGACUGACAACUAUCAAAAAGAAAUUGAGGAGAAAAAGAUAUCAGAAGAAAAUCUUUUGGAAGAGGUUGAGAAAGCAAAAGUAAUAGCUGAUGAAGCUGUAAAAUUACAGAAAGAAAUUGAUAUACGAUGUCAACAUAAAAUAGCUGAAAUGGUAGCACUUAUGGAAAAACAUAAGCACCAAUAUGAUAAAAUAGUUGAAGAAAGAGACUCAGAACUAGGACUUUAUAAAAGCAAAGAACAAGAACAGUCAUCAAUGAAAGCAUCUUUGGAGUCUGAAUUGUUUACUCUCAAAAAUGAACUUUUGUCUGUUAAGAAACAACUUGAAAUAGAAAAAGAAGAAAAGGAAAAACUCAAAAGAGAGGCAAAAGAAAACAUAGUUACUCUCGAAAAAAGAGAUAAGAAAAUACAGGCACCUUUAUUGGAAACACCUGAAACUCAUUAUUGGAAAUUUGAUUCUAAAGCAGCUCCUUCACAAAAUAUAUCUCGAAACUUCACAUCAGCUGACCAUGGUAAAUCCAAAGAUAAAAGAGACUAUUUGUGGACAUCUGCCAAAAGUACUUUAUCAACACCAUUACCAAAGGCAUAUACUGUGAAGACACCAACGAAACUAAAAAUUCAGCAAAGAGAAAGCAAGAAUGUACCCAUGGAAGAAAGUAAUAAAAAGAGAAAAAUGGUCUUUGAGUUUGAUAUUAAUUCGGAUAGCUCAGAAACGACUGAUCUUUUGAGCAUGGUUUCAGAAGAAGAGACAUUGAAAAAAUUAUACAAGAAUAAUAAUCCAACAACUUCUCAUCUUUGUGUCAGAACACCAAAACAGACCCCUUCAUCUCUAACAACCCCUGGAUCUACGCUGAAGUUUGGAGCUAUGAGGAAAAUGCGGGAAGAUCGUUGGGCUGUAAUCGCUAAAAUGGAUAGGAAAAAAAAACUAAAGGAUGCAGAAAAGCUAUUUGUUUAAUUUCAGAAAAUCAAUGUGAUUAAGGAGCCUAAUAAUAUCAAAUUUAUAGUCAAUUUAAAAAUGUUUUAUUUUCUGAAGAGCCAAACAUUUCCUGACAUUGAGACUUUUUAUAUUUACAUAAUUUGUUUAUGAUUUUUAUGUUUUGGCCUAAAUUACCACGUUACCUGAAAACUUGUAAUUCUAUUACAAUAAUAAGAUGAUUAUGUUUUGUUUUUACCUUUUGUAUUCAUGAAAACUGUUUUGGCUAAUUUUUCAAAUUUGUAAAGUUAUUCACUGACUGCUAGGAACACAUGAGAUUUAUUCUUUAUUAAAAUAUUUUGAUGCAAAUAAAUGCUUUUCAUUGAUUCUGUGAGGUCAUCUGAACAGCUGAUCACAAUGUUGGUAUUUAUUUGUAAAUCUUAAGGUCAUUUUGUUGAAGUUUCACAGUUCUGAAGCAGUUUAUCUGUUUAUAAAAAUGACAAAUGGCCUUUCGUUGUAGGAAAAAAAGACUAUACCAGUAUGGCUUCCUAACAUUAUUUAUUCAACACUCAUUAAUUUAAGCAAAUAUUUAUUGAGUGCCCACUAAGAGUCAAGUACAGUUCUAGAUACUGGAGAUAUGACAAUGAACAAAACAGAAAAAUAAACCCUCUGUUCUUCUAGAGCUUACAUUUUAGUGAGGGAAAUAGACAAUAAAUAAAUAA